AUGGGCAUUACAGCACGCAUUGUCUUUUGCAGUGUCUCCCUGUCCCAACCCGACUACUCCUGUAACGGAACCGGGUUGUGUUUUGCUGCUGGCCCCGUGCAGCUGUACUAUCGCCACUAUCGGUGGUGUUUUGGUGCUAAGCUCCCUGACGGACUGUACGGUACGCCGAGAACGGAGAACAGAGGUAGAGAAAUACGACGGCAGAUCUACGACCUCUCAGCUCUCAUGGCUAUAUUUAUGCUCCUGUUGUUCCUUCUGUCUGCAGCAGCUUCUGACCAAGAAGUAGUAACAGUGCACCCUGGAGAUGAUGUCAUUCUGCCAUGUCAGGCUGCUGAUUACACCAUUGGCGUUGUAGAGUGGAGCAGACCAGACCUGGAUGAGGAAUACAUCCUCUUAUACAGAGAUGGACACUUUGAUCAAACCCACCAGCAUCCAGAAUUUAAGGACAGGGUAGACCUGGUGGACAGAGAUCUGAAGGAUGGAGACGCGUCUUUAAUUCUGAAGGCUGUGAGAAGCAUCGACACUGGAAUAUAUGAGUGUCGAGUUAUACCAGUUGCCUUAACAAAUAAAAACAGACUCUUCCUUGAGUCUGAGCCAAUCGGAACCAUCCGUCUGCAGGUUACAGGUUUCAAGGACGGACACUCAAUGAAUGCUGUCCCUGAGGGUAGAAACUCCUCUCCUGUAGGCCGAUACCGUGGACUGGCAGCAGGUGUUCCAGUUGGACUGAUUCUUGUAGCUGCUGCAGUGGUUGGUGUCCUGAUAUUUUAAAAGACAUAAGGACAAGGGCUCAGGACUGUGUCACUCACAGAACUCUUUACACCUGGCAGUUUUCUCACAUGUCAUAUAUUCAAGACUUAUCUUUCUCUGGGUGUGAGGUCAUGUUUACAUCUGCUCCUAGUU